AUGAUGUCUAAUGUCUCACAAGAAUCACAACAAUUAGUAGUUUCUAAAAAUAAUUCAAUUCUAACAACAUGUCAGAAUGAUGUUCAACAACAGCAAUCAUUUACUCAGUCAUCUGUACGUUCCACAAAUUCAAUUGCUUCCGCAUCGCUAAAUACCGACUAUAAUGAGAGUUAUUUACGUCAAAAAUUUGGAAUAAAAGAUUUGAGAGUCAAUUUAGUCGAUUGUAUGAAAUGUUAUGUGAGAAUUCCACGUUGUACUGUAGCGGCUGAUAAGUUUGAACAGCCAGUAUCUGAUUCAAUUCAACGUGUCAAUACAAAUAUGGCUCGUGAAGUACAUGAGUAUCGUGAAGAACAAGAAAUACUACUACAGAAGCAACAUCAACAGACGACAUCAGAAAUUACAGAAGAAGAAGAAGAAGAAAACUAUCAUCCUAUCGAUUAUUUAGAUGAUUACAAUCCAAUGAAUAGUCUUAUCAUUGUGGACUUACCAUGGCCAACCGCACCAGAAUGA